UUAACAUUUGUUUUUUUUUGACUGACGGGCGAAGAUAGGGAAAAGAUAAAUUAAAAGAAAAAAAAAUCCUCACCAUUCUCAAAGAAAAAAAAAAAAAAAAAACUUAAUUUUUGCUGUGAAAUAAAUUAAAAGUCAAUCUAACAAAAAUGCAACUCUCGUCAGAAUCACACAAUUUGUCAUUCAAUCUCAUUUCCAAAGAAGUUCAACGCGUGGGACUUCGUUUUCAAAAAUUUGCUGGCCGUCACGAUGCUCCGCGUAGAAUAAAAAGUGAAAAUUUAAAAAAAUGGGAUUCCAAUGAUUUGGAUAUUGAUAUAAAUUAUUUAAGAUCAUUAGAUCCAAAAGAAUGGAAAGAUCAAGAUCAUUAUGCUGUUUUGGGGUUAGGAAGUUUAAGGUAUAAUGCGACAGAUGAUGAUAUUAGGCGCGCUUAUAGGAAAAUGGUUCUACAACAUCAUCCCGAUAAAAGAAAAGCCAAAGGCGAAGAAGUCAAUGCGGACACAGAUUAUUUUACAUGUAUUACCAAGGCUUAUGAAAUAUUAGGUACUCAAAAAACAAGACGCGCAUACGAUUCUGUUGAUCCGAAAUUCGAUGACAACCUACCCAGUCAAUCUUCCAUCGACAACAAUUUCUAUGACGUAUUCAAUAAAUAUUUCGGACUCAAUGCAAGAUGGAGCGAACGCAAAAAUGUCCCAGUGUUUGGCGGUGAAGAUGCAAAACGCGAAGAUGUUGAUCAUUUCUAUAGUUUCUGGUAUGACUUUGAAUCUUGGCGAGAAUUUAGUUAUCUAGACGAGGAGGACAAAGAAAAGGGCCAGGAUCGUGAUGAACGACGUUGGAUCGAGAAGCAAAACAAAGUGGCGCGAAUUAAGAGAAAAAAGGAAGAAAUGUCUCGAAUUCGUGCUCUCGUCGAUUUGGCCUAUAACAAUGACAAACGAAUAACCAAAUUUAAGAACGAGGAAAAGCAAAGGAAGCUGGCUUUGAAGAGAGCUAAAAUGGAUGCUGCCCAAGCACAGAAGGAAGAAAUUGAACGGGCAGCUAGAGAAGCUGCGUUGUUAAAGGAGAAGGCCGACAAAGCCGAACAAAAGAGAAUUGAAAAGAUUCGCGUCGAAAAGGAACAAUACAAAAAGGCUAUGAAGAAGGAACGUAAAAUGCUUAGAGAUCGAGCUCGCGAAAAUAAUUACUACUCGGCUACUGACAAAGAUGUCCUUCGCAAUAUGGAAGGUGUUGAAAGAGUCUGUGAGACACUCACUUUGCCUGAGUUGCAAGAUCUGAAUAGGAAAAUUGAAGAGAAUAGCAGUCAGAUCUUUUUCGAUGUGUUGAAAGAAAUCGACAACAAGCUGAAUAAGGAACGUGAAGAAACUAGCCAAGCAAAGAUCGAGAAUCGAUCGGCUUUGAAGAGUUUAGCAAAGAAUGAUUUAUGGUCGAAUGAUAGUAUUCAGAUUCUUAUCAAGGCAGUGAACCUGUUUCCAGCUGGAACAGCUCAACGAUGGGAUGUUAUAGCGACUUUUAUGAAUCAACAUGCAAACAGUGAAGUCAACUUCACUUCAAGAGAUGUUCUAAGUAAAGCUAAAUCCUUGCAACAGGGUGAUUUUUCGAAAAGCCAAUUGAAAACAGAAGCAAAUGAUGCAGCUUUUCAGAGUUUCCAAAAGUCUAAAAAAGAAAUUCAAGUUGUUCCGGAUAAUGUGUUGGCGGAAGAAUAUGACACGGCAACCGCAAAUUCAAAUAAUAUAAAUAAUGAUAAGAAAAAGACAACACCACCACCACAACAACAACAACAACAAACUGGGCCAGCAGAAGUUACUACAACAAAAGCAGCACCAGCUGUUGCUUCCGAUACUACUCCAACUCCUACUCCACAACCGACACAACAACAAGAAAAAGUAACAAAUAAUAAUAAAGUACCAACUGUGCAAAGCUCUUCAGCUAAAACAUGGACUAAAGAAGAACAAGCUCUAUUGGAGCAAGCUAUCAAGUCAUUUCCUAUUUCUACACCAGAUCGUUGGGAACGAAUUGCUGAAUGUAUCCCGAAUCGAAGCAAGAAAGAUUGUUUGAAGCGAGUUAAGGAGUUGGUUGAUUUAGUUAAUUCCAAAAAGGAUGCUAAGCAAGCAACGAAGUAGGUAGUAAUAACUAGAUGUUUUAUUUUGAAAUAAAAAAAAAAAAGAAUAUUAACAAAACUGUAA